UUGACAACUUAUCUCAUGCUUUAAUCAUCAAAAAUCAAAAUAACACAAUCAUAACAAAAAUAUUAAAAACUUUGUAUAAUCAUUACAAAGACACACAUUCGUGAAGUUUGCAAUAAAAUUAAAAAAUAUUUCUUAGAAAAGUCUUUCACUUACCAAUAAUUUCCAAUUUUUUUUUAAAAAAAAAUUAAUAUAAAAACGAGCCUUCCAAAAAAAAAAAACAAAAUAAUACCGAGUAUCCGUUAUCUAAAACGCGUCGGCCUUGACAGUUGACACUUACGCUCUCUCUCUCUCCUUUCUCCAACUCAAACAGUAACUAUAUUUGAAAAAAACAAUCUCUCAAAAAAAAAAAAAUGAUAAAACAAAAUAUGAUGAAAUUACGGAUCUACCCUUUUCUCUCUCCUCUAAUUUGUCUCAACUGUCUAAUGUAUUCUUCUUCUUCCUUUUCCUUUCCUUCAAAGGCAGCUCUUUCCACUAUUUUCUUUCCCCUUUUUUUUUUCUCUCUCCUAAACCAACAAAAAAAUCCUACUCCCUAAUUCUUCCAGAAAAAUCCCUAAAUAAAAUUCACAAAAUCUCAAUUAUCAACUAUAUCUUUGAUUUUAUCAAUUAUCAAUCUUAAUUUUAUCCCUAAUUUUUUCAAUUUUAAUUUCUUGAUUUUUUUCUUUAAUUUCGGAAUUUCCCCCUUUUUCAAACCCUAAAUUCUCAUUUCCAUAUCCCAAACCCUAAUUUGGCAAUCAUUUUCCUUUCUGAUUGUGUAAUUAGUUCUGUAUUUAUUGAUUUUGAGAGGAAUUGAAUAAAAACCCUAAAAAAAUUAAAAAAAAUAUGGCGAGUUUCGAAGAGAAUCGCGAGUUGUCGACUAGCAAGCCAUCGAUUUCGUCUAAGAAUUCUGUGUUUAGUCGGUCAAUGACGACGCAUUCUUCCGUCGCAAAUACCUUCUCGAAGAAAGGAUACGUUUCGUCUGCCGCUUCGACGGUCGUUGAUCGAAACGCGGCAAAUAUGAAGAAGUGGUACAACAAUACCUUUGAUUCAGCUGGUACUUCAAUCAAAGGGAAGGUUAGGCAGCUUCGAAAUUUGUUUGAAUCUCAAAAAUCAUCAAAUAAUAAUAAUAAUAGUAUUGUUAAAUGUAAUUCCCAAAAAGUUGAAGAAUCGCCUUAUAAUCAUCAUUUAGCAAAAUUGAGACCUGCUAAAUCAUUUAGUUCUGAUUUUAAGGAUUGUUGGUCGAUUUUAGAUGUUUCUACGAUUCGAUUUCCGGGUACGGAGGAUAGAGUUGUGGUAUAUUUCACUAGUUUGAGGGGAAUUCGGAGAACCCGGGAGGAUUGCGAUGCUGUCCGGAUGAUUUUCCGGGCUUAUAAGGUGUUCGUCGAUGAGAGGGACGUUUCGAUGGAUGCUGCGUAUAGGAAGGAGAUACAGGGGUUGCUUGGUGAGAAGAAUGUGACAUUGCCACAGGUUUUUAUUAAGGGGAGGUAUGUAGGUGGGGUUGAUUUGAUCAGGCAGUGGAACGAGACCGGUGAGCUUCAAAAGAUUCUUCAGUCAUUGCCAACGAGGGAUAGGCGGUUCGUGUGUGAUAGUUGUGGUGAUGUGAGGUUCUUGCCCUGCUCCAACUGUAGUGGUAGUAGGAAGAUAUUCGACGAGGAUGAAGAGGUCAUGAAGAGAUGCUUGGAGUGCAAUGAAAACGGGCUGAUUCGAUGCCCGGAGUGUUGUCUGUGAAUUACUCUUAUGAUCACUACUUAUGUGAUGCAGGUAUAUUGGUGUGGAAAUGAUAAUUCAGUAGCUAGUUUGUGUGUUUUUAGCUUAUGGUCUGGCUUGAAUAACCCCUUUUUUACGGUUUCAGCCUUAUCGUGGAGAUUUGGUUGUACAUUGUUCAUAGAUUCGUGAUGAACAAUAAUUAUAUAUGGCACUGAUUCAAUGAUACUUUAUAGUAUGUACUGAACUAGUGUGACUCCUUGCCGAAAAAAGAAAAAAUUAAAAAAAAAAUUAUUCAAACAUAUUGAAUAGAGGAGAUUAGCAUAUUAGUGCUGGUGUGCUCCAUUGUAGCUUGGGAGAUGAUGGGCAUUUCCCUUGACUUGCAGUGUAAAUUUACUAUGUUGUAUAUAUUAAUGACUUUUUUUUUUUUUUCCUUUUUUCAAUUGCGCUAACUGAAGCUGUUGUAAUGAGAAGGGCUAUACUAUGGUUUUUGCCCAUUGGAAUGAAUGAGAAUUCCUUUGAGCUUUUGACUCAAUUUUGUGACUCAAA